AUGUCUCCAGAACGUUUUGACACUUUUGAGGGUUUCUCAAUUCCCUCGCACGAGUCUCAAAGCACCCCAUGCUGCUGUGGAAACCAGAUCCAAUGGGAAAAGCCCACCCAGCUGCUGCUGGCCAGCUGGAAUGAGAGCCUGGGAAGUAAAGUAUCCAUCUUCUCACUGCUGCACAUCAUGUUUUCAGUCUGUCCCAUCCUGCUGACUCUGUUUCAGGGCUCUAAUCAGCGACUCGAAGUGAAAGCUCAGGUUGCUCAAGCUUUCCUUGCCAAGUUCCAGCUAACUAAUGAGGAAAUGGCCACACUACGAGGCACUCGAGACGUGGCCAUUACUGAGGAUUUCUUCAAAGUUCUCUCUCGAGUUAAACACAUACACGAGGAUGUGAAAGUCCUCCUGAGAACCAACCAACAAACUGCAGGGUUAGAGAUCAUGGAGCAGAUGGCGGUGUUACAAGAGACGGCAUACGAGCAGCUCUACCGCUGGGCUCAGAAUGAAUGUCGAGGGUUGACUCAGGAGACGUGUGAUAUUAGCCCUGUGUUAACUCAGGCCAUGGAGGCCUUACAGGAUCGCCCUGUUCUUUACAAGUACACUCUGGACGAGUUUGGGACCGCACGCAGAUGUGCUGUGGUUCGAGGCUUCAUCGACGCCCUGACCCGUGGCGGGCCAGGAGGUACUCCACGGCCCAUAGAGAUGCAUUCACAUGACCCUCUAAGGUAUGUUGGCGACAUGCUGGCCUGGCUGCACCAAGCGACCGCCUCAGAGAAAGAGCAUCUAGAAGCUCUGCUGAAACAAGUCAUUCUACAAAGUGUGGAGGAGAACAUGCAAGAAGUGGUGGGACACAUCACAGAGGGAGUCUGCAGGCCGCUGAAAGUGCGGAUAGAACAAGUCAUCGUGGCCGAACCGGGCGCAGUUCUGCUUUACAAGCUGUCAAACCUGCUAAAGUUCUACCACCACACUAUCAGCUCCAUCAUUGGAACCAGUGUUGCCUCUUUGCUCAUCACUAUAGAGGAAAUGCACCUCCUGAGUAAAAAGAUGUUCUUCAACAGCCUGAGUCUCCACGCGAGCAGACUCAUGGAUAAGGUGGAGCUGCCUCCUCCAGACCUUGGACCAACAACAUCCCUCAAUCAGACGCUCUCCCUCCUCAGGGAGGUGCUGGCCUCCCAUGACUCCUCUGUGGUUCCUCUUGAUGCUCGCCAGGCUGAUUUUGCUCAGGUUCUCUCUUGUAUCCUGGAUCCCCUCCUACAGUUGUGUACUGUGUCAGCCAGUAACCUCGGCACAGCGGACAUGGCUACCUACAUGGUCAACUCGCUGUAUGUCAUGAAAACCACUCUGGCUCUCUUUGAGUUCACCGACAAGAGGCUUGAGAUGUUGGAGUUCCAGAUCGAGGCUCAUCUGGAUACGCUGAUCAACGAGCAGGCGUCCUACGUGCUGACCAGAGCUGGACUGAGUUAUAUCUACAACUGUGUGCAGCAGCACAGCACAGAACAGGGCCCUUUGUCCCUCCUCCCCAGUAUGGACAAUUCUUCUGUGAAAGCAGCAAUGGUCCAGUUUGACCGGUACUUGUCAUCACCGGACACGUUUGUGAUGCCGCAGCUCAACUUCCUGCUAAGUGCAGCCGUCAAGUGA